ACAUGCAUCUUCAGAAUUAAAUAGAAAAAAUACAAUAGAUUUACCUCUGUGUGAAUGUAGUAGUGAAAAUUUUUAUUCUAGUGAACUGUAUGUUGUAUCAAAAGAAGAAUCAACUGAAAGAAAAGAAGCCAAAACAUAUAAGAAGGAAGAAAUGCAUACUUUAAAUGUUCAAGAACCUGAAAUUUGCACAGAGAGGAAGCCAAAAAGGGAAAUAGCUGAAACAGCACAACAGGAAGGACAGAAUGACAUAAAAACAGAAGAUAUGGAAGAUGAAAUGCCACGUUCCAGGGAACUGCAGGUACAUGUAGAUAAUUCUCAGAACUUCAAGAUCCCAAGUAAAGAUGAAUUACCUCUUACUCUGGCCAUAUCAGACAAAGCCAAACUAACUGAAGUUUACAAUGCAGAACAAAAUCCAGCAGCAGAAAGCCAAGUCAUAGGAAACACUGAAGUCAAAGAAAAAAUGCAGGAAUCAGAGAACAAAAAAGACCAGCCAGCUUCAUUUGACAGUAUCUCUAAUGGCAUCACAGAUUUUAAUUUGAAAAUGUUGAAUGAUCAAGAGGACCAGGAACCUACAAUUUCUGAAGAGGCACAGGCAUUGGUAGGAGCCCGCCUUUUCUUUUCUUCCAGCUCACUUUAUGAUACAGACCGAUCUGACAUCAGAAUUUCAGAGGAAGAAAAGCCUGAACGUUUUGAAGAACCUCAGUCUCUCUUUUCUGUUAGUCAUUAUAAAAACAUACUAAGUUCUCAGAGUUUCACAAGCAAAGAUAAGCAUUUUCUGCAAAGGCUACCAGGGGAACUGUACUUCAAUGGUAAAAAUAGCCAGUCUAGAAAAGAUUAUGAAAUAUCACUAGAGAAUAAAGAAUCUGAAGAGGAAGCCCAAUCAAAUCAGAAGGUUAAUGAUCAAGUACCAGAGAAGAGUAAUGUAGAUAAUUCCAAAGAAAAGGAUAUUCUUCUGCUUCAGUUGGCAGUUAAGAAAGAUAGACAAAAUAGUGAAAGCACAAUGAAAGAAACCAAAUUAGUAAAAGAUUGUCUGGUUCUUUCAUCUGCAGAAUACAGGUCAGAACACAAUGUAGACUUUUUUUUUAGAUAUCCAAAGUGUGAACAACACAGUACUAUGGGGUGUGAAAGUGAACCAUUCUCUAUUAAAAAAGAUAACACUGACAUUUCUGUUUUAGAAGACCAGCACCAAGUAUCAUUAGGGUCAAAGAUAAAUAUAGAAGAUGCACCAGAGCAACAUGUAUCCUUUAUGGAAAAGUCUUCUAAUGAAGAAAAUAGUAAAAAGAAAGAAAAGCAGGAUUAUUUAAGUGAAAAUAUUUCAGAGGCUAAUUGCCACAAACUUGGUAGCAAUCAUGUUGCUGAUACAAAAAGCAUAAAAACAAUUAAAAAUGCUGGUCAAUUAUCUUUACAAUUUAAUGAACUGAUAUUAAAAAAUAAUUUAAAACAUAAAGUACAGGAGCACUACAUUGUAGACUCCGAAGAAGAAGGAGAACAUGCUGAUGUGAAAUAUAAUGAAAAUCCUGAAAAGGGCUUGUAUAAUGUUUCACAAGAUUUGGUAAAAAAUAUUUUUUCCAGAGACUCAAAUGAUGACAGUAUCUUGUUAAAGGAAACUGCAGUGAAUAGGGAAGAUGUGAAUUGGUUCUCUCAAGACAGAGUAAAACAGCCUAAGACUUUUACAGAGCACAUUGCGGAGUCCAGUGAAGAUAAAUUAGAAACCACUGAGCAAAUAUUAGAAAACAAUAAGCCAAAUAAACAAAAAAGUGAGAAAAGAGAAAAUAGGAUGGCAAACCAAGAACAAUCUCUAGUGAAUUUCUCUGGAGAAAGUUUAAAAAGUGAGAACAUAACCCCAGAGCAAGAUAGUCACACACUAAAUGAUCUCUUGUACAAUUUUCAAAACAAAGACAAUAAGGGUCUGCAAACUUCUGUGCUGUUUCCACGGGAGAAAAUAGAUGAAGACACCAAUGAAAGAAAUGGCAUCUCAAAUCCAAGUGAACAUGAUUUUGAUAAUUCUAGAAUUACUGAAGACUCAUUAUCAGAAAAUAUUCUUUGUGACCAGGUCCUGCAUGACCAAAUUAUAGCACCCGAUUUUAGUUUUUCUGAAGAGGGGCUAAAAUCAAGUCAUAAGAAAGAUCCAGUAGAAAUAGCACUGGCAGAUUCAUCUUUCCAACAUGAGCUUCUGAUGUCAAAGUGUGAGUCUGAGGAAAAUACUAAUUCAGAUCCUAAAAAGAAAUGUAAAAAUCAACUGCUGCAUAAUAAAAGACAAGAUUCCUCUAUAUCGUCAAAUGUAGAAGUGUCUGCGUUCACCAGUCCAAAUCAUAAUGAAGAUACAGAAAACAUAAAUACAGAAAAUGAAUCUGAAGACCAGAAAAUACCAUCAGAUUCUCAUUCAGAUGACAAUGUAGCAUCCAAAUUAUUGGAUAUAUCAGAGUUGAAAAUCUCUAAACAAAAUGUAGUAACAACAGAAACAUCACGAUCCUAUAGAUUGUCUCAUAUGGAACAUAAGCAUCUAUUCCAGGAACACUAUAGUAUAGCUGAAGAGUCUGAAAGCAGCAGCCCAGCAUUACAUUUAGAAUCUUUUAAGUCUUUCAAAAUGCAAAGCCAGACAGUAUUUAAAAACCAUGAUGACUCUGAUUCUAACAAGCCUUUCUCACCUACUUCCCCUUACUAUGAUUCAGCACACAACCCUGUAAAACAUGCACCUUUGCAAAGUGAGCAGGGCUUGGAUACACUCCAUUUAAAUAUAGCUCUGAAUAAUAAAACUUAUGUUGAAAAGGAAGAUGCUAUUCCAACUAAAACCACAAGUCAUAUAGAAAAACUAGCUGCUUCUGAAAAACCAAGCAUUUACAAGGAAAACUACAAAAAAGAUACUGAAAGUCAGACAAACAUAGAGUCCAUAAAUAUAGAUAAUAAAAACAGUGCCCAGACAGAGGAGGUAGUGGAUAGUAUAUGUACUAGAACAUCAUGGUUUUUUGGGGGUUUAUUUAGUAAAACUAAUAAUCACAACUCUGGAAGAAAUACCAAAUACAAUUUUGUCCAAGACUCAAAUGAAAAUAGGAAAGAUAUUAGAAUAAAUAAGAAAAAGAAAGAAUUAAAAAACAUGCUAAAGAAUGAGGAUGAGUUGAGAGAAAAUGAAUCAGAACAAGACAGAGACAGCAUUCAGACUGCAGAAGCUACAAGAAAGCUGAACAGCAGAGAUCCUCUUACAAUGCUGAAAGAAAGAGCUGAGAAAGAACUACGUGGCACCGAGGAAAGUGGUAUUGCAGCAGACUUGAGAAACAAUGAAAAAGAAACUGACAACACCAUAACCUGGGAGAGAGAAUCAGUGUCCCAGAAAAUAAAAAAGGAUGACCAAAUAUUAAUUGAUAGUGACUCAGAUGUAUCCAACUCAUUCACAGCAUACCAACAAUUUUAUUUAAAGUUGUCUCUGGAAAGGAAGAAACCUUCAGAGAGUCUGUGUGAAAGUGAGACAUUGAUGCUGCUGGAGCAACAGUUUGAAAAGAUUCAUCAUGGAAUUACAACUUACACAUGUGUAGAUAAUUUCAGGGAGAGAAAACCACUGACUUUGUCUGUUGAAGAGGAACCUCACUUAGACAUUGUGGGUGAAAAAUGUCUGAAGGAGAAAGUGAAUAUUCUUCUAGAGCUACAAGAACAUUGGUCAGCUGUGAGAGUAAAGUGUAGUCUCCAAAAUGCACAACAAGAUAUAUCCAAUAAAAUACAAUUACUAGAAGAAAGUAAAGAGAAACACCGCAUAAACACACCUUUGAAUAAUGAAAAUAAUAAUGCCCAAAGUUCAGAAGGUAUAACAAUUCCAUUAAUGAAAACCAAAGAUGAUUCAUCAAGAAAUAUUCAGUUAGGUGCCAAAAAGCUGUUCACAGAGAUGUCUUUCCUGAUUCGAAAUUACAUUCCCAGUGAUGAAGAAGGCUGGAUAUAUCAGAUACUCCUGCGUUUGAAUGCUCUUGACAUUGGUGACUUUAUAAAAUCUGUAUUUUCAGUAAUGGCAACUGUAAGCAGAAAGGUUGUGGCAGCAUUGCCUGAAGAUAUGAGACCUGGUCCUGAUCUUUAUGGUUUCUCAUGGGAAAUGGUGAUUUGUGCUGCAGUUAUUGGAAUAUUUACGGUCUUCCUAUUCCUGUGUAGGAGUUUUCAAUCAGUUAAAAGCAGAUUUUACGUAGGAAGGGAAAAACAGCUUGCCAACAAAGUUGCUGAACUAGUUGAAGAAAAGUGCGAAGUGCUUGAAAAACUUAGCCUCCACAAGAAAGAGUAUGAAGACUUAGAAUUAUCAUUAAAAAAUGCCAACCUAAAAGAAUCCACUGAUACAACAUGUAUUGAGGAAACCUAUGAAAAACUGAACAGGUCAAACUUGGUGCUCAAGCAUGAAAUAGAGAAUUUAGAAAAAGAGCUAGAAAAAGAAAAAUCUAAGCGAUCAGAACAGGAUGAAAUGAUAACUGAAAUAGAGAGAAGAAUAGAGUCUUUAGAAGAUGAAGCAAAAUCUAUCCAAACACAAGUGGCUGAAGCCAACACCACCUUAAAAGUAUUUCAUAUUAAUACAGAGAGGCUCAAGACAUCUGUCCAGGAUGCAGUAGAGGAAAACUACCAUCUCCAGGAAAGUGAAAAACAGCUUUUACAAGAAGCUGAAGGGUGGGGUGAACGAUUUAGUGAACUAAAUGAACAAACAAAAAUGUUUGAAUCCUCAAAAGCAGAUAUGGAGGAAGCUUUGAAAAAUAAGGAGAGUCAAGUCAAGUCACUGACAGAAUGCUUAUUGAAGAUGAAAGACUGGAGCUCAGCAAUAAGGGAAGAUGAUGCCACUGAAGAUAGUCACUGGGAUACUGAUACAAAGGGGGUAACAGAAAAUGGAGAGCAUCUAGAUGAUCAACAAAAAAGAACUGUAAAGAAGCUGAUCUACGCUGCUAAGUUAAAUGCUUGUUUAAAAACCCUGGAAACAGAAAGAAAUCAAGUAUAUUCAAAACUGGAUGAUGAAAAUAAAGCCAAAGAAGAGCUUGCAGAACGCAUUGAAAACCUCCAAAGUGAACAAGUUUCCUUGCAGUCUGAAAAUGUACAAUUUGAAAGUGAAGUACAGAAGCUUCAGCAAAAACUUAAAGUAAUGACAGAGUUAUAUCAAGAAAAUGAAAUGAAACUUCACAGGAGAUUAACAGUAGAGGAGAGAGAGCGCUUACAGAAAGAAGAGAAACUCUCUAAAGUAGAUGAAAAAAUUAAUCAUGCUGCUGAAGAACUAAACAGCUACAGACAACGAGCAAAAGAUCUUGAAGAAGAGCUAGAAAAAACCAUUCGCUCUUACCAGAGUCAGAUUACUUCACAUGAGAAGAAAGCUCAUGAUAAUUGGCUGACAGCCCGGGCAGCAGAAAGACACCUCAAUGACAUAAGAAAAGAAAAUGCACACAGCAGACAAAAGCUAACCGAAACAGAAUUUAAAGUUGAGCUUUUAGAGAAAGAUCCUUUUGCUCUUGAUGUUCCAGUUAGACCAUUUGGAAGAGAGCAUUCCCCAUAUGGACCCUCACCAAUGGGCCGGCCUUCAUCUGAAACAAGAGCUUUUCUUUCCCCUCCAACACUGUUAGAGGGUCCUUUAAGACUUUCACCUAUACUUCCAGGUGGAGGAGGAAGAGGAUCAAGAGGACCAGGGAAUCCAGCCAUGUAUGAAGGUGCUAAUGAAAGAGGAGAGUUGAUUUCUGAUAGGUUGUCUGAUCCCCAUAGACCGCCUUCAGAUACUGGGUCUUUGUCACCUCCAUGGGAUAGGGAUCGCAGGAUAAUUCUGCCUCCAACAGGUCAGCCGUAUAAUGAUCCAGCUCUUCCUCCUCGGAGACCAGAGCGAUUUUAUUCUAGUCCCCCAAACUCUGGAAGACUUUCUGGACCAGCAGAACUACGGAGCUAUAACUUGCAGCCUUUUGAUAAACCAGAUGGGCAGGCAUCUUCUGAAAACAGUUCAAGAAUGGAGUCAAGUGGAAAUGGAACAAAAGACCAUCCCAACCUGAGUAAUUUACUAAAUGUGUCUAAUCAGUCGCUCGCAUCUGAAAGUGAAGCAGCUGGAUCAGGGUUUGCUGUCCCACCCAUCCCUCAAAUCAGAGCUCCUCUGAUACCAGUGGAUCCUAGAGGGCCUUUUAUAAGACGAGGACCUCCCUUCCCCCCUCCUCCUCCACCUCCUGGUGGCAUUUAUGGACCACGUGAAUAUUUUCCAAUGAGGGAUUUUGCUGGUCUACCUCGGCCUCCAUUGGCAAUGAGAAGUCCAUUUCCACCAAGGCCUUUUUCUCAAUACCCACCACAGAGAGCCGGAUUUUUUUCACCUCCAUCUCUUCCACUUGAAAAUAGAAACGAGCUGACUUCUGGCUUAACUCAUCAAUUAAAUGCACCAGCUACAGAACAUCCAGAACCACAACAAGAAACUUGACAGCAUUUGUGUCUCAGAAAUUCCCUUUGCUGUACUGUUCCUGUACAUUUUUAAUUUUUUCUUCUCAAUUUCAGUUAAGUAACUCGUGUUACAUUAAGGAAUUAUAAAUGAAAUACUUUGUGCAAAUCUAAGCUUGAUAGAAUAAUUCUCAGGAUAGUAUUUUGUAAAUAAGGAUGAAUUAACUAUGAAUACUGUGAAUAAAUGAUUUCUGUUGUACAGUAGUCAUUUUUAAAUUAAAUAUUGUUUUUAAUUUGAGUAACCUGUUCAGAGGAUGUAAAAUUGUAAUCAAAUAGAGUAACACUUAGUCUACCUAUUCUCUGUCCAAGUUUAGCUGCACAGGCAAUCUUUGCAUGCCAGAAGUGGUACUUAUUGCAGGAAGAAGGCAAAUGUGAAAAUAACUUAGUCAUUUUCUUCAUUUAAAUGUUUAUUUUAACUUGUCUGAAAGCAUGAAGCAAAAUUUCCUUGUGUAGAGUGUUGUCUUUCUCUGCCAUCUCCAGAACAUUGAUCCAGUUGGAAUUUACAACCAGUGAAGUGUUAAAAUGUUUGUGAUUGUAUCUUAAUGUAUGUCGCUGAAAGCUAUUUAGUUCAAAUUAUUUUUUAGUUUACAGUACAACACUAGCCAAAGACAAGUAGAAAUAUUCUUUAACUUAACUAUAAUCAGGUACAGAAUCUGAUUUUUUUCAGUUAAGGGAAGAAAUAAAACAAGCAGUUGAGAGGAAGAAUGAACUGAUUGGAUAGUGGAAAAGAGAGACUUACCCUGUUCUCUGCUUCAAGCUUAAUCCAUUUAUCUCCUCAUCCUGGUUACUGGGGUUGCUCUGAAAGGUGGUAUCUAUCAUAAUUUUCAAAUCUGGAAACAUCUGAAUGGGUUGCUUACAGUGCCAUAUCAGAAUGCGUUAAUUUCCUCUUGUAUUACGCGUGAUCUUUGACAGUGUACGUAGAGCAGAAAGGCAACGAGGUUCACAUGGGUGUCUUAAGAAGCAGUGUUACAAACGUGAAGAUGAGGCCCUAUCUAUCUAACAGGCAGCUUGAACUGGAAUUCUGUGGCAGCUUUGCUUGUGUUUGUAAAGUGAAGGGUUUAUGAUUAAAUCAAAUAAGUAUCAAUGAAAUAGAAUUGCACUGAUCUUAAUUCAUCUUAGAUUGCUCCACAUGACAUUCUGAAAAUUAUCAAAGAUUUUUUGUGGUGACAAAAUCUAAAUACACUAGGGGGUGGUGGCAGUAGUGAAGACUGAGGGUUUGCAUUUGGGGCUGGGGCUUGUGGCACACAAAGGAGCUAUAAUCAGCAACUGGGGGAGUGUUGUGUGAAGAUUAGCAGAAAUAUCAAACAAGAUAAGAUGAACUGCACGCAAGUGUCUUAUUUGCAGGCCUUUCUGUGUAACGGAAGUCCAAAGUCUUGUAAAUGAAAGCUUAGGAGGAACAUGAUUCUGUGCUCCUGGCUAAGACUCUAAGUGUCAAGGAACAUAACUGACUUGGGCUAGAAGCAAAACAUGUGGUAGAUGUGGGAGUUUAGUCAAAAUUGACCGAACUUUACUACUUGAGUCACAGGUAAACUGAUAUACUUGGCUACUGAUAAGAGGCAAGGGCCAAGGCUACAGCCCCAUUUUGUUAUUGCUUACAGCCCAGCCCAAAACACAAAUAAUAAACCCUUAUCCUAAUGUUUAUUGGACUACCUGUAAGAGCACAAUAGCAAUUCUUAGUAAUUCUGGCUGGGGAGACUGUGCAGAGGAGGGUGGCAUGUAGACUGGUGCCAUGGAAAGUUGCAACUUUUUUUUCACCAUAGUUGAUGGUCUUCACUACCCAUGCUUAUUUAAGACAACACAACUAUCUACUAUAAUAAAACUACAUCUAAGACA